CUGGCAACAUUUACAAUUUCAUUUUGACAGGUUAACGUAACUAUUGCCCAUUUAUUACGUAAAUCAGCGAGUAGUAAAAUUAUAGUGCAAGGAUUACAAGAAAAAUGCUGAAAGUAGCGACUACAUUGAGACUAGUCUCAAAACAGGGCAAUCAGGUACGAUGUUUAGCCACUGCCGUUGGAUAUAAGCAGGCGUUGGUCAAUGUUCCCCCUACAAGACUUACAGUACUUAACAAUGGCAUUCGAGUUGCUUCUGAAGACUCCGGUGCCCCCACUGCCACCGUAGGUCUGUGGAUCGAUGCUGGCUCCAGAUACGAAACAUCAAAGAAUAAUGGGGUUGCGCAUUUUCUCGAACACAUGGCUUUCAAAGGCACGAGCAAAAGGUCACAGACCGACUUAGAGCUACUCGUUGAAAACAUGGGUGCACAUUUAAAUGCUUAUACAUCACGCGAACAGACCGUAUUCUAUGCUAAAUGUCUUGCUAACGACGUACCAGUCGCUGUAGAAAUCCUUGCCGAUAUCAUUCAAAAUUCAUCACUCGCCGAACCCGAAAUCGAACGCGAACGAGGUGUCAUUCUUCGAGAGAUGCAGGAUGUCGAGAGCAACCUCCAAGAGGUUGUAUUUGAUCAUCUCCACGCCACAGCUUUUCAAGGCACACCACUAGGUCAGACUAUCCUUGGACCAACUAAGAAUAUCAAAAAGAUCUCCAAAGCUGACCUCCAGGCAUACAUUAGAUCUCAUUAUCAGCCUGGUCGCAUUGUGCUCUCUGGUGCAGGUGGUGUUGAACAUGAAAGGUUGGUUGAGCUCGCUAAUAAGCAUUUCAGUGGAUUGAAGAACACAGACUCUGUAGUAGAGUUGGCGCCCUGCCGUUACACUGGCUCUGAAAUUCGUGUCAGAGAUGACUCGAUGCCAUUGGCUCAUAUUGCCAUUGCUGUAGAGGGUGCAGGAUGGACUGACGCUGAUAACAUUCCUCUGAUGGUAGCAAACACUCUAAUCGGAGCAUGGGACAGGUCCCAAGGUGGUGGUGGCAACAAUGCCUCAUACUUAGCUCGUGCUGCUGCUUCUGAAGGCUUGUGCCACUCUUUCCAGUCUUUUAACACUUGCUACAAGGACACUGGUUUGUGGGGUGUUUAUUUUGUUGCUGAACCCCUAAAACUGGAAGAUAUGUUGUACAAUAUUCAGAAUGAAUGGAUGAAGUUAAGCACAUCUGUCACUGAGGGAGAAGUAGAGCGUGCAAAGAACUUGCUGAAGACCAAUAUGCUCCUCCAACUUGAUGGCACUACACCAGUGUGUGAAGACAUUGGUCGCCAGAUCCUGUGCUACAAUCGCCGCAUCCCCAUUCAUGAAUUAGAUGCUCGCAUUGAAGCUGUCACUGCCCAGAAUGUGCGUGAUGUUUGCUAUAAAUAUAUAUUUGACCGCUGCCCUGUAAUUGCUGCUGUAGGCCCCACAGAAGGUCUACCAGACUACACUAGGAUCCGUGGUGGAAUGUACUGGCUUAGAGCAUAAAAUGUUGUAGUGUACUUUUAGAAUUGUUAUUUAAAUCAUUUAACAUCAAGAAAACACAUUAAAAUGCUCACCCAAUGUUUGUUGUUUUAUUAAUUUAAAACACAAUGUCUUGGUGAUAUACAUGUAUUUAUUAUAGGAAAAUAAGUAAAUAAAAUGUGUAUGUAAAUAAAAUCCAUCUUUUUA